CGCAAUGGAUGCGCUGGACCAACAGAAGGGCCCGCAAACCUACCGGGUCGCCGAUGGACAGACAAGUCCCAUCGUCCCGAUGUUCCUGUCGUCAUGGCUCAGAUUGCUAGUAGCGUGUUUUCUACUAGUGCCCGCUUGGAAAGUGACAUUGUGAAGAUCGAUGAGUCAAGGAUUCUUCUCUGCGAAGCCACCGCUACCAUAAUGAAGUGCUGCUUCGAUAUCCUCGGGAUCCGAACAGUGGAGAAGAUGUGA